GAUGUAAAUGAAAGAAAAGUGGAGGGAGUGAAAGGAUAGAAAUAAAAAAAAAAAGAAUAAUCAGAUUGCCAAAAUAUUUUGUAUGGUUAUUCGUGCAUUUAGAUGCACGAGAUAAAUAUUAGUGUGCGUUUCGAUGAUAAUAAUAAAGAUAAAAAGAUAUGUAAAAUAUUUUGAAAAAUCGUUUUGAAGUUUGGUCAUACAGUACAUAAUAGUGUGAGAGAAAGAGGUGUAAAAGCGCAGAAAGAACGCCGUCAAGAACUGCAGCAUAAACGGUCGAAAUCAAUUUCAAAUAGGUAUUGAUUAUAGAUGAUCUACUGAGUCGGUGCGAUAAAGAAUAAAAAAUUAUUCGACUUUCAUGAGUUUCGCUUAUUCUUCGGAAAUCGGUUGAAAGGGACUGGUAGAAAUAGAAUUUAAAGCAAAAUGAUUCGAGAGUUUUUUUUUGGAACGUGAAAGUAUUAGGUAAAUGAUUAACCUCGACUGACAAUUCAGAAGUAUAAGUUGAUACUUGUAUGGAAAUUGAUGAAAAGAAAAUCUAAGAAUGCACCAAAACAGAAAGAAAAAAAAGCGAGUGAAUUACGGUGUAAGAGCAGUCGAGGUAUUACGUGGAAUGAAGGGAUUUGGUUUUACGAUCUCUGGACAACAACCUUGCAUAUUGAGUUGUAUCGUUCCUGGAAGUCCAGCAGAUAUCGCUGGAUUAAGAGCCGGCGAUUAUUUAGUAUCUGUCAAUGGUCAUAAUGUUAGCAAAUUGCCCCAUGACGAUGUUGUGCAAUUAAUUGGCCGUUCAAAGGGUAUUUUAAAGUUACAAAUAGCUGAGAAUUAUUACUCCGAUUCGUCUGAUGAAGAGGGAGUGACAGCAGUACGCUGCAAACCCAAAUACAUUCAUAAACCUCGCGCAAGUAACAUGGGAGCACUGCAAUUGCAAUGUAGAGUUGCUAAAGUUGUACGAGACUUACAAAGCGGUGCUAUGUUUGAUGUAGCAGGGAAAACACCGCCUGAACUACAAAAUCAUGGAACUUACUGCAAUUUACAUUAUCAUUGGGAUAUGUCUAGUCCUCUUCCACCACCACCACCGCCAGCUUCUCAUAAAAGAGAUUCUGAAAAGAUAGUACAUAGAACAGUUGUUGGUUACCUUGGAACUAUAGACAUUCCAAAUCAAUUGCAUCCAUCUUGUAUGAUGCAGGUGUUAAGAAAGUGUAUUAAACGAUUGAAAGCUGAAAAAAGAAAUCCAACUACAGUAUUGCUAACCAUACAUGUGGCAAAUAUAAAGCUAACCAAUUCGGAGAAUCGUGUUAUAGCAGAGUAUCCGUCCUAUAGAAUAAUAUUUUGUAAUUCUUUCUCUGAGCAAGAUAAACAGUAUUUUGGAAUAUUGACGAAAUCUGUUAAGGAUAAAGAAAAUAUUGUUUCAAAUUCCUGCCAUGUUUUUACAAUUUACUAUAAAUUGAUUGAUCAUAUAGUACAUUCUAGUGUAUGCAAUAUAUUUGGAUUUACAUGCACCAAAACUUCUGAGCUAAAUGUAUGUCAGGAAUUUCCAGACAGUUGUAAUAGUCUGAUUGGUGCUAUACAAACAUUGUACAUAUCAGAUUCAACAGCUACUGAUACAAAUCCAUACAAUGAAAUGCGAAGACAUCAAGAAACUGCUUCACCACAACCAAGCAAUAUAAGUACAUCAACAGCUCAUUCGAGUAAUAGUGAUUCUGGAAUUGGUUAUAAAGAUGAUUGUACAAGUCGUUCAGAUAAAAAUAUACAAAAUAUUCCCCGAAGAAGAUGUCCAACUUCAGAAUACAGGGAUGCGUGUGAAUAUUCGUCAAGAUCAUACGGUAACGAAGCUGUAGAUUUAAGAUUAACGGUACGGGCUGUAUCAAACUCAUGUUGGAAUGAAGCAAAUAAAUUGAAUAUGUGCAAAGAUAAUUUAGAAUUGCCUCGUGAAAGUGUGAUUUUUAAUGAUUUUUGCAAUGGAAUGAAUACGUGUACAGAAACGAUCGAAAAUUCUCGGAUGAAUUCUGACAUACAAAAGGGAACGAAGAGGGGGGACUUGCCCACCUGCCCAUUGCCAUCUGCUUCAACAGUUAAGCAGGGGUUGCUUAGUUCGUCCGUUUGCACCACCGCGAUGCUACACGGUUUAAAAGAUCCUGUUGAGACAUCCGAUGAUUCCGCAAUUAAAUCCCAACGAUUGUUGGGAUUUACGAAAUUAGCGGAAUCGAAAGAAAUUGACAUACCAGAUAAAUUUAGUCCAAAAGUCUUUUCUGGUAUUUCCAAAUCUUUAGUACAUAGUUUUGAAGAUCUUAAUACAAGCAUGGAUUAUGUUCGACCGCUCUGUCAAACUUAUUCAGAUAAAUCGGAUAAUUCACGUCCUUGGGGAAGCUUGCAAGAAAUUCGGAAUGUUGGAACCUGUGUGCAGAAUAUCUGUUUGCACGGUAGUACACAAUUAUGCGAUAAAAAUACUGAUUGUAAAAAUAUACAUGCAUGGGCCAAUGGUUUUGAAAAAUUAUUGGAAGAUCCAAAAGGUUUACAAACAUUUGCGGAAUUUCUGAAAAAGGAAUUUAGUCAUGAAAAUAUUUAUUUUUGGGCUGCUUGUGAGAGAUACAAAGAUACUAAAGAUGUUAUUACAAGACGGAAGUUGGCAAAUCAAAUUUACCAACGUCACUUGUCCUCUACAGCAGCUGAACCUGUAAAUGUCGAUAGCCAUGCAACAGGUCAAAUAACACAAGAACUUCUAAGCGAAGCACCUGCUGAUCUUUUUUUGCAGUUUGUAUUUUAUUUUCAGGCUCAAAAACAGGUUUUUAAUCUAAUGAAAUUCGAUAGUUAUCCAAGAUUUUUAAGAUCUGAUUUAUAUCGUCAUUGUGUAGAAACAGGAAAUUCCAUAAUUGGAGCAGAAGAUUGUGAUUUAAAUCUUACCAGUUCUUCUAGUGUAAAGUUAAAGAAGAGUCACUCAGAUGCAGAAGAUCGAUGUAGAAAAUCCAUUCUUCCAUGGAAUAGAAAAAACAGGUCUAAAUCAAAAGAUCGUGGCGAAUCUGAAUACAAUAAAGGUCCUAAUAGAAAUGAGACUAUAUACAAGAGUUUUACAACUAUGAAAAGAGAAACAGAAGGUAAUAACAACGAUGACAGUAUUUCUAUAUCUAGCAGCAGAUCUUCAUUAGCAUCAUGGGAUUUGGCAUUAAGGCAGUCAUUUCACAAACAUUCUUUCUCGUCCUAUGAAGGACAGUCGAAUGAAACGAAAGAAAUUCGUGCUAAAUGUACUGGAUUAUGUCGGGUAAUAUUACCCGAUGGGUCGACUACAGUUGUGCCAACUAGCCAAAUGGAGAGUAUUAAAGAUGUGGUUACACGCCUCCUUGAUAAAAGAGCUCUUCGAUAUUCUAACUAUGAUGUUCUAAUCCUAGCUACAGACGAGACUAUAGAUACGAAAUAUCCAUCAUCUGUACUGGCUGGUCAAGAGGUGGAAGUUGUACCAACGAAAAUAUUGAAAGUAGAUUUACCUUCCCGGCGAACGAUAACUGUGAUUGCACAUAAAGGCAGAACUCUUAAAGAUGUAUUGAGGCCACUCCUAAAUAAGUAUGGUUUUAAUUUAGAAAUAAUUACUGUAUGGAAUGAAAACCACCGCAUUAGUAUGGAUAUACAAGCUAUUGAUGCUCCUGCAAGACUGGUUUUGACCAACAUAAAAGAUCAAGAUCCACAAAAGGAGUUAAAUACAAUUAAGUACGUACAUGAUGGAUCAAAUUCUCAAUCCACUCUAGAUGAGAUCACAAAUAGAGUAUUUGAAGAACUUUUGGUGGGCAAAGGUUCAAGUAAAUAUCAUUAUAAUGAUGGUUCGUGUAAGUCUGAUGAUCAACGUUCGGAAGGUUCCUCUAUUUUACCAAGCAAAUUUUUUCUUCGAGAUUCUACAAUGCAUGGAAAGAAGAAGGGAGGAAAACCUAAAUGUAACAUGAAUGAAAAAACUAAUACGAACGAUUAUGUUUCCGAAGAAACUACGAAAUCUCAUCCUCCUUUAAUAGCAAAAUGGCGGAAUGGAGUGAAGCUACAAUUACCAGGAAAAUUCGACGGUGAAGAUUUAUACGAAGGUUUAAAACGAGCACAAAGGUCUAGAUUGGAAGAUCAGAGAGGCACGGAAAUCAAUUUUGAAUUACCAGACUUUCUAAAGAACAAGGAAAAUGGUAAGCCGACGGAUCGCAACAAAGUUCGGAGACCUAGGAUAAUAUCUGCCAAUUGCGAAGCAAAUGCCAAGUUUUAUAGUUCGAUUCAUGAACGACAAAACUGUGGACAUGAUCAAAAUACGACGACAACUACAACAUCAAUAACAUCGAUAACAACAACAUCAAACACAACUAAGACGUUGGCUUUAGCAAAGAAUGGAAAUCUUGAUGAACGAUUCCACGUAUUUGCUACUGGAAAGGAGUUGCAGAGUAAGUCUUCAGAUAAUUCGUUCAUAUUAGAUACAACUUUGAUGGACGGAGAUCGGACCGUUUUAGAAAAUGGAUCUUGCUCCCGAACUACUGCUUUGGAUUCUUUUGAUACUCAAGGCAACUCGCUAGGUGUAAAAUCAUCGAGACCUCCACCCCUUCCGCCAAAGCCAAAAAAUCUUAUAACGUGUGCAGCAAAAACUGGAUAUAUCGUGUCUUCGAAAUCUUUACCAAAGUCUAAUCGUGCCGUUUCUUUAAGUCCAACCGAAUUUACUCGGAAAAAUAUUUUAUAACGUGUUACAUUGAAAAAACGACAGUCAUGUGUCACAUAUUUUCGUAUCUAGUGUACGAAAUGUACCACAAAAUGAGCGAUCAUGUCUUCUAAUUAAUUAUAUAUGUAAUAUAAAGUUAUAUACAAAGCAAAAUGUUGGUACGAAAAGAUUUGUAUUUGUAGUAUUAUUAUUGUAGAACUAUGACGAUUAUGAGUACAAUUAUGUAUUAUUGCACUUCGUCUCGAUUGGUAAGGUGCCCGAUCCUCAAAGAUAUCUUUAUACACAAUGUAUUUUUAAUCAUAAAAAUUAUAUCUAUUUAUGAUGUUUUUACG